CGGUCUGGAGCUGCAGCGGGGGAGGCUGCGCCGCGAGUGGAGCCACGGGGCCGGGAACAGGUGAUCGCAGCGAGAGACCCGCGCCCUCCCGAGUUGCGGCGUCCGAGUCCGCGCUCUUGGGCGCAGCGGCAGCCGCCCAGCCCCGGGCUGAUCGAGGCCAGCUGCAGGCUUCGCACGCGCUUCCCGGGCAUCCCUCUGCCCGCGCGAGCGUCUGAAGCCCCCGGGUCCCGCGAAGCCUCGGGAGCCGCAGCUGCCCGCGGCGGAGCAAAGUUGUGGACGUGUACGGACCGCCCGGCCCCGCGCCGUCACCACCAGCCAGGCGCGCGCUCUAGGAGCGGUGCUCGCGCUGCAGCCCCGGGGGCUUCCGUUGCAAACUGCUCCAGAGGCUGAAACUUCGAGUGCGGGCGGGUCGGGGCCUGCGGGUGUCCCUGCACACCCUGCUAGGGCGUCACAGACGGCAUGUGACCGCUCCGGCGCGGGAAGGCGCGGGCUCUGUGGACCAGGCGGAGGGCAGGUUGCGGCGCACGGCGGGCCCGGGCUCCAGCCGAGCAGCCUCCCUCGCCCGGGCCCCGCCGAGGCCGCCGCGCCCCCGCCCUCGCGCGGGAGGACUCGCUCUAAACUCCCUGAACUUCAGGCGGGUCCCAGAGCGGCGGCCUCGGGGUGCGCAGCCCUGCCCGGGGACCCCAGCCGCUGCGCUCUCGUUCCUUACCCUUGAAGACUCUGAGGACUCCGGGGAGCCCCGGCGGAGCUGACAGCCCCCUGCUGCUGGCCGCGCCGCGAUGCUCGUGAGGAAAGUGCCGGGCUUCGUCCCGGCCUCGGCGUGGGGGCUGCGGCUGCCGCAGAAGUUCCUUUUCCUGCUCUUCCUCUCGGGCCUCAUCACCCUGUGCUUCGGCGCCCUGUUCCUGCUGCCCCACUCCUCUCGCCUCAAGCGCCUGUUCUUGGCCUCGCGUGCCCAGCAGCCCGGCCUGGAGGUGAUGGCCGAAAUCGCCGGCCACCACCCGGUGCCCGAGCAAGAGCCACCUCCCAACCCUGCCCCCGCGGCUCCGGCCCCGGGCGAGGACGAUCCCGGCCGCCCGGUCGGUGUCCUCCGUAGGAAAGGGUGGCUGCGGCGCACCCGCCCCACCGGGCCCCGGGAGGAGGGCAACGGUGUCGCAGCCCCCAGGCCACGAGAAGAGAGUGUCCGGUUCAGUUUCGACUACAAUGCUUUCCGCAGCCGCCUUCGACACCCGGUCUUGGGAACAAGGACUGAUGAGAGUAAGGAGUCCCAGAGUCUAGUGCGAGCUCAGCGUGAGAAAGUCAAAGAGAUGAUGCGGUUUUCGUGGCAGAAUUACCGCCGGUAUGCGAUGGGCAAGAAUGAGCUCCGGCCCCUCACAAAGGACGGCUACGAGGGCAGCAUGUUUGGCGGCCUCAGUGGGGCAACCAUCAUCGAUUCUCUUGACACCCUCUACCUCAUGGAGCUGAAGGAGGAGUUCCAAGAGGCCAAGGCCUGGGUGCAAGACAGCUUCCACCUGAAUGUGAGUGGAGAAGCAUCCUUGUUUGAGGUGAACAUCCGGUAUAUCGGAGGACUGCUCUCGGCCUUCUACCUGACGGGAGAAGAGGUGUUCCGAGUAAAGGCCAUCAAGUUGGGUGAGAAACUGCUCCCCGCCUUCAACACACCCACAGGCAUCCCCAAGGGCGUCGUGAACUUCAAAAGCGGUAGCUGGGGCUGGGCCACCGCGGGCAGCAGCAGCAUCCUGGCUGAGUUUGGAUCCCUGCACUUGGAGUUUUUGCACCUCACUGAGCUCUCUGGCAACCCGGUCUUUGCAGAAAAGGUCAAAAACAUCCGCAAGGUCCUCAGGGAGAUUGACAAGCCCUUCGGCCUCUACCCCAACUUCCUGAGCCCAGUGAGCGGGAACUGGGUGCAGCACCAUGUCUCGAUCGGAGGACUUGGGGACAGUUUUUAUGAGUAUUUGAUCAAGUCCUGGUUGAUGUCCGACAAAACAGAUAUGGAGGCUAAAAAUAUGUACUACGAAGCCUUGCAGGCCAUAGAGACCUAUUUGCUGAAUGUCUCUCCUGGGGGUCUGACCUACAUUGCUGAGUGGCGAGGGGGAAUUCUGGAUCACAAGAUGGGACACCUGGCCUGCUUUUCGGGGGGCAUGAUCGCCCUUGGUGCUGAGGAUGCCAAGGAAGACAAGAGGGCCUACUACCGAGAGCUUGCAGCCCAGAUCACCAGAACAUGCCAUGAGUCCUACGCCCGCUCAGACACCAAGCUGGGGCCUGAGGCCUUCUGGUUCAACGCUGGCCGGGAGGCAGUGGCCACACAGCUGAGCGAGAGCUACUACAUCCUGCGGCCUGAGGUGGUAGAGAGCUACAUGUACCUGUGGCGGCAGACGCAUGACCCCAUCUACAGGGAGUGGGGCUGGGAGGUGGUGAUGGCCCUGGAGAAACACUGCCGGACAGAAGCCGGCUUCUCGGGGAUCCAGGAUGUGUACAGCAGCAAUCCCAACCAUGACAACAGGCAGCAAAGCUUCUUCCUGGCUGAGACGCUCAAAUACCUCUAUCUUCUGUUCUCUGAAGAUAACGUGCUGUCGCCAGAGGACUGGGUGUUCAACACCGAGGCCCACCCGCUGCCCGUCAAUCACUCGGACAGCUCCAGCAUGCCUGGGCACCGCCACUGACCCUCUGUUCCAUGCCCGUGUCUCAGGGAUGCCUCUACUUUCUUGGGAUCCGGGAUCGUUCUCAGAGGCACUGGGGACGGAAGGCCCAUCGUGGGCAGACCCUGGACGGAUGUGUCGGACAGGCGACUUCUUUUCCUCUGUGAGGAGACAGGAGCUGGUGACGCACCAGCAUCGGGCCCGGGCUGUGGUCCCCGGUGCCCACACGUUCCUUUCUAUGGGGAAUUUCUGUGCCCCCACACCCGCUGUCACAGGGCCAAAGGACUGGAGGUUUGCAUAUCCACCCUAUGUAUUUGAUUCACUUCCUUUUUUGUUUAGGGAGUUGGUUUUGCUUGAUUUUGCAUUUUUCUCCACUUGAGUUUUAUGACGAUUAUAAAUAUAAUUUUCAAAAUCAUGCACCUUCUCAAACGGUGUCACCUAACUCAAGGAGACCUUAAGUGUUUUCACACACACACUCUUGACCCAUCUGUUUUUAAUGCCUCGUACCCAACACUGACUCUGUUCUACCCUGUGUUUCCUACUUUCUGAUUUGAGGAGGCACUCCCCUUUGAUUUGGUCCCAAAUGUUACAAAUCACUAAUGCUAUUUUCAUUACUGUAAUGGAAAAAUAUGUGAAGUAGAAUAAAGGAGUUUAUUGAAUAAGAAAUAA